AUGGCGGCAAUUCUUUGCAGGCAGUGCCUCCCUCGGGGGUGGCUCUGCAGGUGCAACUCCGACUCCUCCCUGAGCCCCGCAAGCAGUCCCGGGGUGCCCUGGCGGUGCUGCCCCAGUGACCCGGCCCUCGUUCUGUGUUGCAGGAGAGCCAGGCAGGGCUGCGGCCGGCACUACCGCGCCGCGAUUUGCGCAGAGUUGAAGAAGCCCCUGACCAUUGAAGAAGUGGCCCCCCGCCCCGUCGGGCCUCACGAGGUCAGAGUUGAUGUCCAUUUCUGUGGCAUUAACUUUGCUGAUAUUUUGGUCUGCCGUGGUCAAUAUCAGGAAAAGCCCCAUCUUCCCUUCACACCGGGAUUGGAGUUUUCUGGGACAGUAUUGGAGACAGGCACACAUGUCAGCACAGUUAAAGAGGGAGAUAGAGUUAUGGGCAUGAGAAACUUUAAUUGUAUGGCUGAAGAAUGCAUCACUGAUCAGAAGGACCUGUGGCAGAUCCCAGAAAAGGUCUCCCUACAAGAAGCUGCUGUCCUCCCUAUAUCCUAUGGUACUGCGAUUUUUGCUCUUGAGCAUCGGGCCCAUACACAGCCUGGAGAAGUUGUUUUAGUGACAGCAGCAGCUGGAGCCACAGGCCUUGCAGUGAUAGAUGUGGCAACAAAUGUUCUUCGGGCCAAGGUAAUAGCUGCUGCUGGAAGUGACGAGAAGUGCAAGCUGGUGCUGCAGAGGGGUGCGCAGUCCAGUGUGAACUACAAUCAGGGCAGCCUGAAGGAUGCAGUGAGGAAGCUGGUGGGCGAGGGCGGGGUGAAUGUGGCCAUCGACAUGGUGGGAGGAGACAUCUUCCUGGAGGCUCUCCGCAGCCUGGCAUGGGAGGGCAGAAUUGUGGUGGUGGGAUUUGCUGGAGGAAACAUUGCUUCUGUGCCAGCCAACCUUCUACUCCUGAAGAAUGUCUCUGCCUUGGGCCUCUUCUAUGGUCAAUACAAAGAAAGAAAGUUUCCUGUCUUCUCCAAGAGCCUGUCUUCAUUGCUUCAGUACUGCCAGCAAGGGUGCAUACAACCAUAUGUCGGAAUGGUUUUCAAGCUGGAGGAGGUCAAUGAUGCCUUCCUUCACGUGAUACAGGGGAAAUCCAUGGGCAAGGUGCUUCUCGCUCUUAAAUAAAUCCUCACCUCAGCAGCAAAGUUAACAUGUCCAGAUCAAAACUCAACAUCUUUCCCGGAAACCUGAUUUCCCUUCUGUGUUUCCAAAGGUGUUACCACUUUUCUUACUAAUCCAAGUUUAGAAUCUUGGAGUUACCUUUGAUUCUGUUUACUAAUUGAUCCUAAUUAAUGUGGUUAUAUAAUUUAUUGUCCAAACUUGGACCUUUUUGUGAGUGAAAGGAUGCCAUUAGUCAUUACAUCAGGAAAACAUACCCCAGGCAGACCAGAAGGUAUGGUCAGCCUACUUGAUGUUUUAUGAAAUGUAUUAUGAAAUCACUAUUGCCAAGUUCUGUCAUUUCCACCUCUGGGAUAUCUCUCACAUUCAUAUCUUCUUUUCCAUUCUAUUUAUGCUUCAUCUGCUGUCACCAGUGACCUUCUAACUGCUUUUCCUACCUUUAAACUACUCUCACCACCUCCAUCCUUGUGAUGCAUUAUUGCCAUGGUGAUCUUCCUGAAGCUUAACUCUGAUUAUGUCCCAUUUCAGAAAACCCACAGUGGCUCACUGUUGCUUGAUGGUGGAGUUCAGACUCUUUGAGCUAGCAUUUCAUUAUGACCAUGACUUUUCCCUGCACCACUUUGCAGCCUUAUGGCCCACAGUUCCACUGGGCCCGAAGUAUGUACUGAACUUUCCUGCCUCUCUUAUUUUGCUCUGCUUGUGCAAUUUUUUCUGCCCUCCAUUUCUGUCAAAUAUAAACCUUCCUGACCUCUAACACCUACGCCUGUCAUGUGCCUUUACCAUCAGGCAAGGGUCAAUCUCUUCUCUUCCUCUUCUACCUUCCUGUAGCUUCUCCCCAGGAGUUGUCACAUUCUGCCUUGAAUCAUAAGGAACAACAUGUGUAGUGGAAUGAACACAGGCCUCCGAGUCCAAGAUGUAAGUUUAAAUCCCAGCUUUGGAGGUGAUUACUUAAAGUCUCAGUGCCUUCAUUGUUCUUCCUAUAUAAAGUGGAUAUUACAAUAUUUACCUCGCAGAGUCAUUGGGAGCUAUACAUGCAGUGAUUGGGUAAAGCACCUGGCACAUGGCAAGCAAUUAGCAAAUUCUGGUUACUUCUAUUGCUUUCUCUUCUCUUUUCCCAGCAUAUCGUAAGUUCCUUGAGGGCAGGCACCAUGUAUGAUUUACCCUUGUACUUCCCACAGUAGUUUCCAUAGUGAGUUACCCUUAGUAAAUGCUCAGUAAGUUGAAUUGAACUUAAAUUACCUGUAAGUCUGGAAUUGUGGGACUAAAUUAAGAAUAUGUUGCUCUAGAAACACCCAAAUGUCUAUCGAUGGAUGAAUGGAUAAACAAAAUGUGGUAUACACAUAAUUAAAUAUUAUUCAGCCUUAAAAAGGAAUGAAAUUCUGAUAUGUGCUACAGUAUGAUGAAGCUUGAAGAUAUUAUAUGUGAAAUAAGCCAGACAAAAAAGGACAUACUAUGUGAUUCCACUUAUAUGAAGUGCCUAGGGUAGUGAAAUUCAUAGAAACAGAAAGUACAGGUUGACAUCCCAAAUCUGAAAUGGGAAACGCUCCAAAAUCUGAAACUUUUUGAAUGCCGACAUGAUGCUCCAAGAAGAUGCUCAUUGGAACCUUUCAGAUGUUAGAUUUUUGGAUUUGGGUUGCUCAGCUGGCAUAAAGCAAAUAUUCCAAACUCUGAAAAAAUAAGUCCAAAACACUUCUGAUCUCAAGAAUUUUGGAUAGGGCCAGGCAUGGUGGCUCACGCCUUUAAUCCCAGCACUUGAGGAGGCUGAGGCAGGCAGAUUAUCUGAGGUCAAGAGUUUGAGGCCAGCCUGGCCAACAUCGUGAAACCCUGUCUCUACUAAAAAAAAAAUACAAAAAAUUAGCUGGGCAUGGUGGCAUGCACCUGUAAUCCCAGCUAUUCAGGAGGCUGAGGCAGGAGAAUCACUUGAACCCAGGAGGCAGAGGUUACAGUGAGCCAAGAUUGUGCCACUGCACCCCAACCUAGGCAAUAAGGGUGAAACUCUGUCUCAUUUAAAAAAAAGAAUUUUAGAUAAGGGAUACUUAAUGUGCAACAUAUGGAAUGGCAGUUGGAAGCUGGGGAGGAGAGAAUGGAGAGUUAUUGUUUAAUGAUACAAUGUUUCUAUUUAGGAAGUUGGAAAGUUUUGGAGCUGUGGUGAUUUUGAUUGUGCAACAAUGGGAAGGUACUUAACACUGCUUAGCUGUACACUUAAAAAUGGUAAAAAUGAUAAAUUUUAUGUAUGUCUUAUAGCAAUAAAAAAUGUUAAAAAAUAA